ACGGGCCCCUAACGGGCCAAACCCUAAUUCCACCUCCGGUCCUCCCUCCUUCGAGUAAUCUCCGACCUCCUCGGCUCCUCCCGAAGCUCUCUUGAUCUCUCCCUCUGUCCCCUCUAUCGCCGGAAUCCACCGCCCGAUCGGUGGCCGAAAUCGGCUUCAAACCUCCCAGCCUCCACCCACCGGUCACCCCUGCUCUCUAUCUCCCCCACCUCUGUUUUCUUUCCCUGCAUCAACCCUCGCUCGCGGUCCCGGCCGCCUUGCCGGACCAGAAGCUUGCGGUCCCAGUUGACUUCGAAGAGGACGCCUCAAACUCACCGCCGCUCGCCGUGAAAGUGGUUUCAUCACACUACUCCCAAAUCUUACGGCGUUAUCGAGAGGCCAAGAUGGAUGCUGUGGUCUCCGAUGCUGGCAAUGUUGAUUUGAGAUCUCAGGCUCCUUCUGGGUGGGAUUUCAGCUGUGAUUUUGAAGUGGAUUAUGGAUCAAAGGAGCAUGCAACAAUUGUCUAUGCUGCAUUAGCAGUUGAUAAGGAGUUGCAGCCAGACAAGGUUAAGAGGCAGGUGUCCAUUUCCGAUGGCAAGCUUCAAGUGCACUUUGAGGCAGUGGAGGCUAGAUUUCUGCGUGCAUCAUAUAGUGCAUUUGUGGAUCUUAUGAUUCUUGCCACAAAAAUCAUUGAAGAAUUUGGUCAGAACAACAAAAAUUCUGAACAAAUAUGAUUUUAAUAAGCAGCAUUUUGUAUCACAAGUGGAACAGAAAAUGUAGCCAGUUCUUGUAUUUGUGUUGUUCCUAGAAACUCAAUCUGAUAUAUUGUACAUUGUUUUUCAAUCAAUGGCAGCUGCUUGGAUUGGCUAUGCACGUUCUUUUCA